UUAGCGCCAUAAUUUUUGGCGCGUAAUGGCAUACCAUACAUGACGUCGUUUUGUUUAUAUUUGACGUCAUCACACUCCUAGCUGUUAAAUUCGAGAGAUUCGAUGCAACCGAGGCAGAAAUCGCACUCCCUUGAGGAAGGGGGGAGAACGUCAAACGCCAAAAGAAAAUUUUCUGGGAAAGCAAGACUACCGGGAGUAAAAAGAAAAUGCAAGGCGGUGGACCCGGAUAAAUCCCAGGAAACUGCGCCGAAUCAAGGACGAGCUGGACCAAGUACCCCCACGGACCUGGAGGAUGUUGUGUCAUCCGUGGCAGAGAGGAUGAUUCCGGAGUUAAACAAAGCCAUAGAAACCAUCAUAUCAAAAAGAUUGGACACAUCUGAAGGUAGCCACGUCUCCUUUAAUCAGUCUGCUACAUGUAAUAAUCAGCAUAGUGUACCAAAUUUGUCUGAUUCAGAUGAUGUAGUUUGUUUUGAUGCAAUUUCUCCCUCAUGUUCAUCACAGUCAAUUACAAGUAUUCAUGAUGACAUAAGUAUGCAUGUACCCCAGUCAGUAAAACAAAAGAUAAUGAAUGGGGAAUUUAUUGAAUUGCAUACCCUUUUGAAUAAGCAAAAUGAUUUGGAAGCUCAAGAAAAUAAGGUCUUAUUCAUGAAUGGGCAAUUUACAUUGAAACCUACAAAUGUAAUCAAAAUUACAACAAUUGAUGCUUGGUUGGAUGCUUUUUUCAUUUUCAUGAGUAUUUAUUUGUCCGCACAUAUUGAUGAAACUCACAGUCUAAUCAAAUAUAUAGCAAAUGUUAAACUCGGCGCCAGUCGUGUUUCCGGCGGAUUGGGUUGGAGAGAUUAUGACCGCCAGUUCCGUCUGAGGAAAGCUAAAGACAAUUCAAUAUCAUGGGGGAAAAUUGACCAGGAGUUAUGGCUUCUUUACAUUACUCCAAAUGUGCAUUCAGUUUUGAGAAACACUCAAGCAAGUCCAAAAUUUUGUUACGAAUACAAUAACAAAGGUUUCUGUCGUUUACAAAACUGUCAAUACCAACAUCAAUGUUUAAAAUGUCAAAACAAACACCCUGCUAUCCAUUGUUUUGACAAACAAUCUUUACAAAAAUUUCCCAAUUCAAAAAAUUUUCAAGCUUCACAAUCAGCCUCAUCAAAUUUUCGUCAGUCAGGCUAUAGACACCAAUCUAACUCUUUUCGUGGAAAAAACCGGUUCAACUCCAGUUAACGUCAAAAGUAUGUGUCCUUAUCUAGCAAUUUAUCCCAAUCAAUCUGUUGCUUUUGAAUUAAGAAAUGGUUUUACGUAUGGAUUUUUUCUACAAUAUCAAGGUCCGCGAAUUUCAACAACCUGUAAUAAUUUAGUUUCUGUACAUGAUCAUCCUAAUGAAGUGAAAGAAAAGAUUGACAAAGAAAUUUCACUGGGUCGGAUAGCAGGUCCCUUUGAUACUGAACCAUUGUUUAAUUUAAGGUUAUCACCUAUUGGGGUGGUUGCAAAAAAAGAUGGUGGUUGGCGUUUAAUCCAUCAUCUUUCACAUCCUACUGAUUUCAGUGUAAAUGAUUUUAUAGAUCCGGAAGCAUGUUCUGUACAUUAUACUUCUUUUGAUGAGGUUUUAGAAAUGGUUGGGUCAUUAGGUAAGGGUGCUGUAUUAGGAAAAAUGGAUGUAAAGUCAGCAUUUAGAUUGCUACCAGUUCACCCUUCAGAUCACCAAUUACUUGGUUUUAAAUUCAAUAACUUUUACUACUAUGAUAUGUGCUUACCAAUGGGAUGUUCAAUUAGUUGUGCCCUGUGGGAAAAAUUUGCACAUUUUGUUCAGUGGGUAGUUGAAGUGAAAACUGGAGUUCACACUCUGAAUCAUUACCUAGACGAUUUUAUAUUUGCAGGAGACACCUCUGAAAUAUGUGAAUUGUUGAUGUCUUCAUUUAGAAAAACAUGUUUUGAAUUUGGUAUUCCCUUAGCGGAAGAUAAAACAGAGGGUCCUAAAACUGUUAUUACGUUCCUAGGUAUUGUUAUAGAUACAGAUAAUAUGAUUAUUAGAAUUCCUAAUGACAAAAUACUGACUUUAGAAACAGCAAUUUUAGAAAUGUUACAAAAAGAAAAGGUUACUCUUGGAAAGUUACAAUCACUAGUAGGUUCUCUUAACUUUUGCGCAAAAGCAAUUCCAUCAGCUAGAGCAUUCAAUAGAAGAUUUUGUGAUGCUAUGUGCGGAAUUAAGCACUCCAGUCAUUUCAUUAGAGUAACGUCUGGGAUGAGAUCAGAUCUUUGUGUGUGGCUAGAUUUUAUACACAAGUACAACGGUAGCUUAAAUUUCAUGAAUGCCAAUUGGUUAUCAAAUGACCAACUACAUCUUUAUACUGAUAGCGCAGGCAAUCAUCAGUUGGGUUGUGGUGUCUACUUCAAUGGUCAGUGGGCUUAUUUUGAAUGGCCCGCCUGCUGGAAAGACCUCGACAUUAUGUCAGAUAUAACUUUUUUGGAAUUAGUGCCAAUUGUUCUUGCAGUUGAUUUAUUUAAGACUCAAUUUUGUGACAAAAAGAUUUUAUUUCACACCGACAACAAAGCUUUAGUUUCCAUUUUAAACAAAAAAUCGUCAAAGUCAGUUAGGGUUAUGGAAUUGAUUCGGCCUUUAGUUUUAUAUUCCAUGAUUCACAAUAUCUACUUUAAAGCGUGUCACAUUGCUGGUUAUAACAAUGCUAUUGCCGAUUCUAUUUCACGCAAACAGUGGACCAGAUUUCGAGCUCUUGCCCCAAAAUCCAGGCCACGCCCGAUCCAGAUUCCAGAAGAUUUUAUAGAAAUGAUCUCGAAGCUGAAAUAAAACGCUUAACGCUUAAUUCAAUAGCACCAAACACAAAAAAUUCUUACUCAUCUAGUCUUAGAAUUUUUGAGCAAUUCAGGCUGUUAUACGAACUCAAUUUAAUUUGGCCUCCCCCUGUUUCACACAUUUGCAGUUUUAUUGCUCAUCUAUCGCUUAAAGGUUUAGCCCAUGCUACUAUUUCUUCUUAUAUAUCCGGUAUUGGUUUUAAAUGCAAACUUGUAGGAGCCUCGGACAACUCUCAAAAUUUUUUAGUCAGAAAAUUAUUGGAAGGAAUCAAAAGGUCAAAACAUUCAAAAGAUUGCAGACUUCCGAUUACAAAAAACAUUCUCAAAAAACUUAUUAAUGUAACAUCAUUAGUAUGCUCGUCAAAGUUUGAGACUAUCCUUUUUUCAUCGGCAUUUUCUUUGGCUUAUCAUGGUUUCCUUCGAGUUGGUGAAUUCACUGCUAAUUCAAAUGGCAAAAAUCAAACCAUUCGUAUAGAACAUUUUAGAUUUAAAACAAAUCACAAAUCGGGGGAGGAUUACAUAGAGUUAAAAAUUCCUUUCUCUAAAACUGAUCAGUCAGGAAAGGGAGUGUUGAUAACGUUGGAGCCAGCAAAAAACUCUAUAUGUCCUGUAUUAUGGUUGAAAAAAUAUCUGUCAAUCAGACCAAUUGUUAGUGGGCAGCUAUUCAUGCAUUUGAACGGCAGUCCCCUUACAAGAUUUCAAUUCUGCUCAAUAUUAAAUAAAUGUCUAGAAAUUGCCGGUCUUCCAAAAUCUCGCUACAAAUCUCAUUCCUUCCGUAUUGGGGCGGCUUCAGAUAGUUUCUCUUACGGGCAUUCAGAAUCAGAAAUUAAAAAACAAGGUAGAUGGAGUUCCAAUGCUUUUCAGAAUUAUAUUAGACUUCAGUAACGUCUAGAGUCAUUUCUAAUAUUUUUAUAUAGAUAGUGGAAAAGUUGUUUGGAUCGUUGGUUCAUCGAUUAUUAAAUGGGCAUUCUUCUACGCCAAAAACUCCAUAGAUGGUGUGAAUUUGGGAUUAGAAAGACAUAACUACAGUUUGUUUUGGCAAGGUAAAGGAGGAAUGAAUUGGUUCGACAUUAUUCCAAAAAUAAAGCUAUUAUUAAGGUAUGAAUCUCCUCCAGAAAUCUUAGUUAUUCACUGUGGUGCUAAUGAUAUAGGCAAAAUCCCAUUACUACGUUUUCGGGCAAUUAUGCAAUCUACAAUUACAGAAUUGAAUCAAAUUCUUCCCAAUACAACUAUAGGGUGGUCAAAUAUGCUGCCAAGGAUAUCCUGGCGUUUCAGCUCCGACGUUAAAUCUCAAAAUCUUGCUGCCAUUAGACUUAACAAUUUUAUGAAUCGCUUAGUCUCGGUAAAUGGUGGUUUCUUUAUUAAAUACCCAGAAAUCACGUGGCAUGCAAAAGAGAUGUUUCGUAGUGAUGGUGUUCAUCUGUCAAACAUUGGUAAUUGUGUAUUCCUAUUUAACUUACAAAGGGCUUUGCAACAAGUGGGUUUUCCGGAAAAAAUAUAUUAACUAGUUUGACUUUGCUUGUGGCCACACCUACAUAAGUAUAUAUACAUGUACAGUAUGUUGAGCGUCUCUCAUUCCACCAAACUUUGUUGGCGGUGGUUGUCUUUUCAAUAGACAACCAUUUGGCGCUUAUUCGAGACGCGUUUUAUCUAAUUUACAUAGCUUACAACUUCUGCUGAGUAUCUGCUCACCCAGUACCAGUAUGAAUGUUGUCAUAGUUUAUAAGUAUUAUAAAACUUCUAUAAGGAUAAGGUUAUAAGGAUAAGGUUUAUAAGGUUAUAAGGAUAAUGUUUAUAAGGUUAUAAGGAUAUAAGGGUAUAAGGAUAAGGAUUAUAAGGGUCAAUAUGUUAUAAGGAUAAGGAUAUAUGUUGCAACAUUGUAUACAAAAGUACAUGUGAAUUUUAUAUAGAUUAUAUUAUGUAGGUCGUGGCCAUAAUCGCCAAAAUAUAUAGAAUAAAACAAUUGAUGAACUUUACGCUUGUCUUCAUUGUCUAUAAUAAUAAGA